AUGGUUGAGAUAAUGAACGAACGAUCCGCGUAGAGUCGCAGGCACUUCAAAACUGGCCCAGCUGUAAUCAGGAAAAAUGGGUUCUGUUCUUAGUGGUAUCAGUAUAAAAGCGAAAGGUGCACUCCAACCCAGGAACAGUCGUCGUUUCGCCGUCCAUCGGAAUUGCGCCUAAGAAGGCUGACCAAUUCUAAAUCAAAGUGUUGUCCCUAGUGUAAUCCGCGUAUACGAUAAUAAAGUAGAUAUGGGUUUCGAUACCUCUUCGGAUAUGGCAAGGCCACGAGGAUUUGGAGCUCGCCACUGGCAGGCAAUCCUCCUGUUCGUCGGCAUGAUGAUCAACUACUUUCAGCGCGUCGACAUAUCGGCCGCCAUCGUACCGAUGACACAAUCCACUGCCGGGGCCCCCUACUACAGCUGGGAUUUGUCGGAUAAGUCCCUGAUACUGAGCAGCUUCUUCUGGGGCUAUGUCGUCUCGCAGGUUCCCUCAGGUUUGCUGGCCAAACGUUUCGGGGCAAAAAUAGUUCUGGGAUCGGCCACCGCCAUCGGCGGAGUCUUGUCAUUUUUCCAUCCCAUGGCGGCGGCCAAUGGCUGGGAGAGUGUCUGCGUAUUGCGGGUCCUCACCGGUCUAGUUCAAGGCACUGUCUACCCCUGUGUACACACCUUGUUGGCCAAAUGGGUGCCGCGCACGGAGCGGGGCUUCCUUACCACCGGCAUCUAUUCGGGCGCCCAGUUCGGGACGGCUGUUAUUCUGGUCACGAGUGGAUUCAUUUUCGAGUCGAGCAUGGGCUGGCCCGGACUGUUCUACUUGUCUGGAGGCCUUAGCUUGGCCUGGGCGUUGCUCUUUUUCUGGCAGGCUGCCGACGAACCAGCCACAGCACGCAACAUCACGAAGGCGGAACGGGAGUACAUCGAGAGCCUCACAGGCAGCAACAGUAGCAGUCAGUCCAUGCCAGUGCCCUGGAUCUCGAUAUUCAAAUCGCCAGCCUUUUACGGACUUUUGGCCGCUCACUGCGGCUUCACCUGGGGAUUCUACACGCUGCUAACCGAGAUGCCCUCGUACAUGAGCAAGGUUCUGCAGUUGGAUGUCAAAUCGAAUGCAUUCCUCUCCUCCCUGCCAUACUUUGCCAUGGGAGUGCUCUGCCUGGUGGUCAGCCCCAUAUCGGAUCUGCUCAUCAACCGAGGCGUCAUUUCGACCACGACUGCCCGCAAGCUCUUCAACUCGAUUGGACAGUGGGGACCGAUGACCUGCCUGAUCGGACUGGGCUACAUGACCGCCGACGAGAAGACCUGGGCCAUUCUACUGCUGACGCUUGCCGUGGGAAUCAAUGCGGGCUGCUCCUGUGGUUACCUCAUUAACCACAUUGAUUUGUCGCCCAACUUUGCCGGUCCUAUGAUGGGCGUAACCAACGGAAUUGCCGGUGUGACAUCUAUUGUCGCGCCGUUGGUGGUCGGCGCCAUUCUAACCGAGGAGGAGGAUCCGAGCCAAUGGCGUACGGUCUUCUUCAUCACCGGGGCAGUUUACUUAGUAUGCAACACCUUGUUUGUGAUAUUUGGCAAGGCCACUGUGCAGUCCUGGAACGAGCCAAAGAACCUGUCCAGCACGAUAACCUUGCGCAACCACAUUGAGAACGACUCCAAGACCAUUGCUCCCACGACAGACAAGGACAAUCGUUUUUAAUAUGCUGUACCUCGACCCUGUCCACAAUCUCGUUUACACUAUUAUGGCUCUAUAAGUUACUAUAAUAUACAAUUUCUGUAUGGGUAGAUAGUUCGGGACACGCGUCUAGCAAAUCAGCGAUAUUUGAUAUAUGCUUUAGUUAUAAUUAAAGACUUUGGUUUACGUUUAUGUUAAUGCUAGGCUUAAUAUGACUACAAUUUGUGAUAAGCUUAAUAUAAAGUUUACGAUGUGUGGCACGUUUCAUAUGUAUUAUGUCCGGAAUAUGUUUAAAUAUUUGAAUUGUCUUAUCAUCGUCUGUCUCUGCUUGCUCCGAGCAUACCAAUAAAUAUUUACAAUACUAAA